GCAGCUGCAUCAUUUUAAAUCCACAAUAAAUCUGCGAUCCGGCGAUUCACGAUUUUUAAUACUGGACAACCAUUUCCGUUUAACAGAUGUGCUUGUAUAACCGUACUGGUGAACAAACGUCUUUAAACUGCGGAUAAAAACGAGCCGGAGCGGAAUUUAGAUCGUAAAGCGCGAGGUCAUGAAUCUGGCAGGCGCGGUCUUGGGCUGGUCCAGCCUGCAAUAAACGUAAACACUCGGAGGGGAUGCGGAGCUUUAAGAAAAUACGGACCCUAAACGAUACCAUUCACACCGGAAAACAAGACUAGUAAUCGAUUUCUUGGUGCACGCGUCUUUUUUGACACAUUGCAGAAGUGCAUGUUGAAAGCGUGCGUAAAGGACAAAGAGGAGAGGAUGCUGCUGUAAGCUCUCGCCUGGCCCUGUUUCGUUUUAGCUUGUAUUUCUUUCCUUUCCUCUCUGUCACACUGGGAAAAAGAAGAUGAGUAACUCUCCCAUCCCUAAAGGGACUCCGGUCCAGCAUAGUCCAGUAGACGGGGAGUGUCUGGAGUCAGAACUGGUCCAGUCUCCCCAGCAGUCAACACCUUCCAGUGGCCUCAAGAAACGUGUAUCCAGUCUCCUGCAAAGCCCUUCGUUUAGAGAGGAGCUGGAUGUGUUGAUUCAGGAGCAGAUGAAGAAAGAAGGAAGUUCCUCCAGUCUGUGGGCUCUCAGACAGAUUGCUGACUUUAUGGCCACUCAAGGAUCUCCAGCCACUCUGCCUGUCACACCAUCCACCAUUAACAUGGUAACUCCCAUUAACGACCUGCACGGAUGGGACCCAAGCUCCAUGGUGAAGGGUGAGAGACUGAUGCGCUGUAAGUUGUCUAGUGUACACCGACUGGUGGAUCUGUUUGGCUGGGCCCAGAUCGCCAACACAUGCCUCACAAUGCGUGUUAGUAAAGAGCAGGAACAUUUCCUGGUGCUACCAGACGGUCUGGCCUUCGGGGAGGUGACUGCAUCCAGUCUGGUGAAGGUGAACAUUCUUGGCGAGUUGGUAGAGAGAGGCAGCACUACUCUUGGAGUCGAUCUCUCUGCGUUCAGUCUGCAUUCUGCAAUCUACUCGGCACGACCAGCUGUCCGCUGUCUCCUGCACCUCCACACUCCAGCCAUAGCUGCAGUAUCAGCCAUGAAAUGUGGCCUACUACCUCUAUCCCAUGAGGCUUUGUUGGUGGGUGAGGUAGCUUAUUAUGACUACAAUGGAGUGAUGGAGGAGGAAGAGGACAGGGUGGAUCUCCAGAAGUGCCUGGGACCGACAUGCAAGGUGUUGGUAUUGAGGAAUCAUGGUAUUGUGGCCUUGGGAGAAUCAGUGGAGGAGGCCUUUUACACAAUCUACCACAUCCAGACUGCAUGUCAAAUACAGGUGGCAGCACUGUGCAGCGCUGGAGGGGAGCAAAACCUUAUCUUGCUGGACCGCAACAUCCACAAGCCUGUCGCCACAGGCACAGUGGGUUGGGCCGGAUCCACCUUCGGCCCCAUGCAUAAAAGCAGGCUAGGAGAACAUGAGUUUGAAGCUCUGAUGCGAACAUUGGACAAUCUGGGCUACCGUACAGGAUAUGCCUACCGUUUCCCGGUGCUGUUGGAGCGCUCUAGAACCAGGAGAGAGGUGGAAGUUCCUGCCACUGUCUCAUCAUUUUCCUUUAAUGAGGAUGGGGUUCACCCCCACCCAUGUCUCCAUCCCCAUGCCCAGAGACAACAGCAGAAGACAAGGUGGCUGAACUCUCCAAAUGUCUAUCAGAAAGUCAACCAGGACCAGGCCAGCCCAGGACCUCGGACUACGUGGCAGAAAGCAGAAGAAAUGACCCAGGGCAGUGGCAGAGCCAUUAAGAUAGAGAGUCCAAACCAGUUUGUCCCUCUCUUCACUAACCCAAAGGAGGUGCUCGAAACUAGGAAUAAGAUAAGGGAGCAGAAUCGUCAGGACAUGAAAACAGCCGGACCUCAGUCUCAGGUGUUAUCCGGCGUCAUCACAGACAACAGUCCACCGACUCCAGAGGAGGUGGAGCCCAAACCCCCUGCCACACUGGAGCCGGAGUCUCCAAAUCCCUUUAACAAGCUGACAGAUCAGGAGCUGGAGGAGUACCGCAAGGAGGUGCAACGCAAGCAAAUUGGCCAGGAGGAUGGUCUGGAGGAGGUGGUGAAUGAAACGGGGACUCCCCCGACUACCUCGCCCAUAAAGACCACACCAUCAGAUGGCAAAACCACAGAGGCUGUGCAAAACAAUAAAGAUGAUGAGACGAGACAACAAGAGGAGCUAGAAAAGGGAAUGAAGGCCUUGUCGACUACCGACACUUCAGAAACCACACCCUCGGCUCCGCCCACUGCCCCGCUUAACAAACCCGCAGGCAACACCCCAGAGGGCUCUCCUUCCAAAUCCCCAUCAAAGAAGAAAAAGAAGUUCAAAGCCCCGUGUUUCUUAAAGAAAAGCAAGAAACAGAAAGAAAAAGCCGAAACUUGAACUCUUACAUGUUCAUCACUUUCACAUACAUGCUCAAAACACACAGCAUAUGCGUGUUAUUCCACCUCCUUCCAAGAACGUUACUCACACACAAUUCUUUCACACACUAACACAUCAUCACAUCCACUCACUGUGUUUCCAUUUCUUGAUCUUUACAUACUAUACAAGUUUUUUAUUCUGGUUUUCAUUUUCAGUACACUCUCUGACUGCACUGAUGAAAAUGUUACGAUGCUUCACUGAUACAGAUUGAAUAUAGGUGAAGCACACGAUGAGCUCUUGUGACCUCCUACCCUUGCUUGAAAAUAAAAUUGCACUUAGUACAUGUACGGGGAAAAAAUAAUGUGGCAUUGAGUAAGCAUUGAUUGUUCUUGUCUAUCAAUUCUAAUUGUUGCUCAGUCAUCAUCAAACACAGGUGUUUAAAUAAUUACAUGUAGCAUUGGCAUUACUUUGUAUUUAUCUUUUUUUUUAACUAGCAUAAACAUCAUACAUCUCGCUUUGUUAUGAAUCACAGGGAUAAAUGAUUUUACAAUGUACUAGUGUCUGAAAAUCAUGAUGAAGGAAUAAAAAAACAACAUAGGUCUAAUUAUGCAAGAUCAUGGCUUGUCGCAGCAAAGAAAACACCAACUUUAAGUGCACGUAUUUAUUCCACUACUUUUUAUUUAUGAUGUUUAUUUUGUAUGUAUGCUGGAGACCUCUUUGCCAUUUUAAUUCUUUUUAAUAUCAGUCAUUGUUAUUUAAAUGUGUCUGUGUGAAUUACUGGUUUAUAAACAUGAUUUCAUGUCAAUAUUGUAAAAUGCUAGGAUCGGAUGUACCAUUUAUUAAAGAUCACCUCCAUGUAAAGCUGUUUUUGUUGCUAUUUUUGGUUGGGUUUCGUAACAUGUUUGCUGAAUAUCUUGUCACUUAGCUAUACCCAUUUUAGCUAGAAAAAAAUAGAUAGGACUAGUCAAUAUUAGAUUUUUUUUUUUAACUUUACCGUGGCAACCAUAGUUUCUGCCAAAAUACCAUAUUUGCUCCUGUAAACUCAUAAAAGAAAAUGUAUCUAUUUAACAAAUUACAAGCUUUCAAAAAUAUGUUUGUUUACAUUUUUAGGGUACAAUGGGGCUGAAGAGUGUAAUGUCUAAAGGUUCAUUUAGAUGUCAUUUGAUUGAAUAUUUUUUUAAAUGUUGCAAAUUUAUAUAGCCUAGCAACUAAAAAUCUCUGAAACAUCACAUUUAUUUUGAGGCUAAAUAAAUUGUGGCUUAAUUUAUCAUUUUCCAUUUUGUUCAAGGUGAUUCAAUCGAAAGUAUUUUAUGAACUGUCCAAUGAGUAAAAGGAUAGUGUUUAGGGUAAAAAGCCCUCCUGUAGGGGCUAAAGGACCCUAUUAAACACAUUGUUUUUCUUAAUGUUCAAAGUGGCUCACAUUGAUUGAUCCAAUCAUAAUGGAGAUUGAUUUGUUCAUAGGAUACUUGAGAUGGAAUGUGAUGCCAGAUGUGAAUAAAAUU